AUGGAGGGCCUCAAGGCACUCUUCGUCAAACCAGAUCCUAACGCUCAGAUGCGAAAAUGCAACGCCCUCAUCCGCUCCAACAUCCGCAAGCUCGACCGCGACAUCAGCCAAGUCAAGCAAGUCGAGACGAAGACGAAGAACCUGAUCGUGGCGGCGGACCGGCGGGCGCAGCGCAACCCGGCGCAGGCGCGGCAGGCGCAGCGCGAGGCCCGCGACUUCGCCAAGGAGCUGAUCCGCGCGCGCCGCACCUCGGCGCGCCUCGUCACCUCCAAGGCCCAGCUGAGCUCCGUCCAGAUGCAGGUCAACGAGGCCUUCGCCGUGCGCAAGAUCGAGGGCAGCAUCCGCGCCAGCGUCGCCGUCAUGAAGGACGUCAACACCCUCAUCAAGCUGCCCCAGCUCGCCGGCACCAUGCGCGAGCUCAGCGUCGAGCUGAUGAAGGCCGGGGUGAUUGAGGAGAUGGUCGGCGAGAACCUGCCUGUUGAUGACGAUAUGCUGGAGGACGACCUCGAGGAGGCCGAGGGCGAGGUCGAUAAGGUCUUGGGCGAGAUCCUGAAGGGCAAGAUGGAGAAGGCGGGUCCGGCGCCCGUGCCCCUCCCCGAGCAGCCCCAGGAACAGCCCGUGGCGCUGGACGAGGAGGAAGAGGACCAGGAGGCGAUGAUGGAUCAGAUGAGGAACAGGCUGGAGGCUCUGAGAAGCUAG